AUGUCGUCCCAUGCCCCGAGCCGUCGUCGCCGACGCGAGAUAGAGGACGACAGCGACUCCUCCUCCGCCUCUGAGCCCCCAAAACGCCCCCGCUUGAGCCGGCGUGCCGAAGAAUCCGACUCCGAUGACGAGGAGCCUCGAAAGAAGUCUCGAACGAAUGGUGUCAACGGUGUAAAGUCACAGGUUGACCACGAUGGAUUCCAGCCCGGCGCAAUUCGCCGCGUUAAGGUCGAGAAUUUCGUCACGUACGAAAGGGCAGAGUUUCUGCCGGGCCCGAAUCUCAAUAUGGUCAUUGGUCCCAACGGAACGGGAAAGAGUUCUCUGGUCUGCGCCAUCUGCUUGGGCUUAGGCUUCAGUCCGAAGCAUCUCGGCAGAGCCGGCAACGUCAAGGAGUUUGUCAAGCACGGCAAGUCCUCGGCCACCAUAGAAAUCGAGCUGCAAGGCAGGCCUGAAGACAGAAAACACCACGUCAUCAAGGUUCAAAUCGAUCGGGAAAGGAACAGUCUCAAGUGGUGGAUGAAUGGCAAGGACACUACGCACAAGAACAUACAGCAGCUCAUGAAGGAGCUCAAGAUCCAGGUGGACAACCUUUGCCAGUUUCUGCCACAGGACCGUGUUGUCGAAUUCGCCUCCGCUACUCCAGUGGACUUACUACACGAGACUCUGCGCGCUGCAGCACCACAAGAGAUGCUUGAAUGGCAAAGGGAACUUCGGGACCUUCAUAGGGACCACAAGGAGCUUCAGCGAGGCUCCGCGAGCCAUGCCGACCAUCUGAAAAGCCUUAAGGACCGACAGCAUGACAUGCAAAACGAUGUUGACAAGCUUCGUGAGCAGCAAGAAGCCCAGCAGCGUGUUGUGGACCUCAAAGAUGCUCGACAUGUCGCCGACUACCUCGAGGCGAGAGCGUUUUAUCAGCAACAAAGAAGCGAGGAGAAGGAAGCGAAGAAGGCUCUGAAGAAGCUAGAAAAUGAGGCUUCUCCGUCCCUGCAGGCGGUUAACCGCAAGCAAGAGUAUCACGACAAGGUGUCCGCUGUGGUCCGUUCUCGCAAGGAUGUAGUGCGGCGUGCGGAAGCCGCGGCGGAUACGAUGCUCAACCGAAUCGAAGACGCUGAAGAGCAGAAGAAGGCAGUAGACGCCAAAGUGGAGACCAACAGAAAAGGCUAUGAUGCCAAGAGGCAAGAACUCGGCAAGAUUCGUAACAAGAUCGGUGCUUUGGAGAACCAACAGAAGAACAAGCCAGCCGAGUUCAAUCCUCAGGAGCAUAACACCCAAAUCAGAGAAAAAGAGCACCAGCUCCGAGAGAUCGAGACUGAGACUCGCCAAACUGACAUGAAGAUGAGGGAGCUCAGGGAACAGGGACAAGCCAAGAACCAGAUGAAAAGCAAACUCAACCAGGAUCUCGAGAACCUGGAUUCGCAACAGGGUCAGCUUCUCAACUUCAUCCAGAAGAAGUGGCCUGAUGUCGCCAAGGGCUGGGAGUGGCUGCAACAGAACAAGGACAAGUUUGAAAAGGAGGUUUUCGGCCCGCCCGCUCUGUGCUGUUCUGUCCAGAACGACCAGUACUCGGACCAGAUACAAGCGCUUCUCCAUAACGACGAUUUGCUUUGCUUCACGACACAGACCCGAGAAGAUCAUAAGAAGCUUAGCGACGUCUUCUAUAGACAACUUAGUCUGUCGGUCAACACGCGAUCCAUAUUCAGGCCGCUGCACGACUUUAGACCGAGAAUGUCUCAGGAGGAUGUCAAAAGCCUUGGGUUUGACGGCUUUGCCAUUGAAAUGCUUCAAGGGCCCGAACCAGUUCUCGCGAUGCUUUGCAAUGAGAAGAAACUGGACUCUGCUGGUAUUGCCUUGUCAGAUAUCAGCGAUUCUCAGUACGAGCGAAUUAUUCAGGAUGGGAUCGUCAACAAUUGGGCGACUGGUCGGCAGCUGUACAGAGUGUCUCGACGUAGAGACCUUGGUCCUCAGGCCGUCUCAACAAUGACCCGAGGCAUCCAAAAAGGUCUGUUCUGGACAGAUCAGCCCAUUGACGAGGCUGAGAAGAAUGAUAUUCGACGUCGCUUGCGCGAAGUUGAGGCCGAGUGGGACGACCUGAAAGCGCAAAACUCAGAGCUCAAAGCCCAGCUCGGACAACUGAACGAGAAGAAGAAGGAUCUCACUGGGGAUCUGCAAAUGCUCAGGGAGCGGAAGAAUGAGCUACAGAGAAACCACAACGCUUAUCAGGCCAUUCCCAUCAAACUGGAGGCCGAAAAGAAGGCUUUCGAACAGAAGAAGGCAGAAGUCGACGAGGCCAAGACAGCAGCCUGGAAGCUUGGCGUCGAGAGAGACAACGCUGCAGUUGAGAAGGCGAGAGCUGCUCUUCGACAUCACGAGGCCAUUGCUACUGUCCGAGAUGCGCAACAGGCCUUGCUAGAGGCGCAGAUCCGCGAAAUCGAAGCCAAGUCUGAUGUUCAAGGUCUCAUUGCUAGGAACACCGACCUGAUGCAGAAACUUGAGGACAAGAAGCGCCAAAUUGACACAUUGGCGGCGGAGUCUCAGCGUUGCAGAGCUCGUGCGGAGACAGCGCAAGGCAAGGUGACAGACCUCUUCCACAACGACCCAAGCAGGAGGGACCUCCUCGAAUCAUUAGCCCAGGACAAGUCUGUUGAGGAUGUCGACAACGAGAUCGCGGCUGAGGAGGGCAAGCUUGAACUCAUCCAUGUCACCAACCCUGGUGCCCUCCGCGAGUUCGAGAAGCGUGCUCGGGAGAUUGAGAAGUUGCGCCAGAAGAUGGAGAGCUCGACGAGCAAACUCGAACACUUGGACCGCCAAAUUUCGCGUAUCCGUGAGAAGUGGGAGCCGAAGCUUGACGAACUUGUCAGCAAGAUCAACGAUGCCUUCAGCUACAACUUUGAGCAAAUCAACUGUGCCGGAGAAGUUCGCGUACACAAGGACGAGGACUUUGACUUGUGGGCCUUGGACAUCAUGGUCAAGUUCAGAGAAGGAGAAACACUUCAACAACUCAAUCAACACCGUCAAUCAGGUGGCGAGCGCGCUGUUUCCACGAUUUUCUAUCUCAUGGCUCUCCAGUCCAUGGCGCAAUCCCCCUUCCGCGUGGUCGACGAGAUCAAUCAGGGUAUGGACCCUCGCAACGAACGCAUGGUCCACGAACGCAUGGUCGAGAUUGCGUGCCGCGAGCACACGUCGCAGUACUUCCUCAUCACACCCAAGCUACUUACGGGUCUCCGUUAUGACCCGCGCAUGCGCGUCCUCUGCAUUGCCAGCGGCACGCACAUGCCCGACGACGGCAAAAAGCUCGACUUUGGUCGCUGCUUGAAAAUCCACAAACGCAUCACGGCCAGCGCGUAA